GCUAGUUCUCUUCUAGCAACCAACGACGAAUGGCAUUUUGGUUUGUGGCGUCCACACAGGCCCAUUCUCGGUCGCGGUCAGGCACCAUGAGCUGCAUGGCUCCCUACCCAAUGGAGGGACUGCCGCCCUUGUCAGGCAGACACCGAGCCGCACCUCGCCGCUCGUCCGCAUAAGCUAGGGUCACGCAGCUGUCUGGUAGCCUCCCCUCGGGUUCCCCGCAGCGUUCCGUCACCGGCAACUCUCAAGUCUAGAAAUCCGGCCGAGCGACCCAGCCAGAGUUUGCUAUAUCAAUAUCGGAUACUCCAACCGGCCCCAGUUGAUUGUUUUUUCUUUCUUUUCUUUUAGUCUUCUUUACAGCUAGAUGCAAUGGAACGGCUGUUCGAACGGUUUAAACUUCGUGCCAAGGGAAAGGGGCCAAAGAAGAUGGCGAAGGGGGCGACGUCGACGAGCGAGGAAGACAAAGCAAACAGCACCGAGGCCCAACCCGAGCCAGCCAGUCCUGGCGACGGCGUCGGGCCGCUCGUUCUCGUUGAUAAGAUCGGCGGAGGCAGCGCUGGCGCAGGCGCUAGUGGAACCGACAUUGUCUUCGUUCACGGACUCCGCGGUCGGCGAGCGGGGACCUGGUCGAAGGACGGCAUUUGCUGGCCUCAACACUUGUUGGGAAAUGACUUGAACAACGUCAGAGUGAUCACCUGGGGCUACGACGCAACCGUCGCCAAUGCCUUCCACGCUGCUAGCAAGGAGAGCAUUUUUGGUCACGCAGAUACAUUGCUCGAGGAUCUAGCACGGCUGCGAGUGGGAACUACAAGACCGAUCGUUUUCGUCUGCCACAGUCUCGGGGGCUUGGUUGUGAAGGAAGCGCUUAUCAAGGCGGACAACUACAAUAACCAUCAAAGGCAUCCUACCCUGGGCGACAUCUUUGCGAAGACGACUGGCGUUAUUUUCAUGGGCACUCCCCAUCGCGGCAGUUCCAAGGAAUCGUACGGCGAUCUAUUGGUGAAGAUUGCCAAGGUCGCUCUUCGUCAGCCGAAUGACCAGCUCCUCCAGACACUGAGGCCGGACUCGCACAUCCUCGAGAACCAGCGUGAGCAGUUCACCACAAUCUCGUCUCGUAUGUCUGUCGUGUGUAUCAGAGAGGAACUCCCUACGAGCGUGGGCGUCAUCGUCCCGGAGACCUCCGCCUCAUACGACGGAUUCAACGUUCGUCGAGGUGCCAUCAAUGCGAAUCACAUGGACAUGGUGAGAUUCACAUCAGACAGGGAGCCGGGGUACCAGAGGACUCUCGGCUUUAUCUCAGAGCUCUGUCAUGCCCGGCAAGCGGCGCAGCAAGUGAUCGACGAAGCUCUCGAGAGAAGAAAUGAUGAGAUACUGGAGAUUUUAAAUUUCCCAUCCAUUAAUGAUCGGGAGCUGAACAUUGAGAAGGCGUACGCCGACACAUGUGCCUGGAUCAUGGACGACGGGUCUUCCGCCGGAACAAGCAACCACCUGAGUGCACCCCGGUUUAAAUCAUGGCUCAAAGACGGCGACUCGACUUUCUGGAUCAGCGGCAAAGCUGGCUGCGGUAAAUCGACCCUCAUGAAAUUCAUAUACCAGCACGAGGACACGGAAGCAGCGCUCGCCCCGUGGGCGGGCAAUAAAAAGCUCAUCAAGGCGGGUUACUUCUUCCUGGAACGCGGCGACAACUUGCAGAAGUCCCGAGAGGGAAUGAUUCGAAGUAUCCUGUACCAGGUUCUGGGCCAGCGACGCGAUCUCAUCCGAGUCGCAUUCCCUACCUUCUUUAGCUGGGUACCGCCUAGGCCCGAGACCAUUAAUUCCUGGAAGAAUUUGGACACUGCCUUCGAUGCCAUGCUCUGCGGCUUGAAAGAUUCGAAAGUAUGUCUCUUUAUUGACGGCCUGGACGAGUACCGCAUGGUCGACAAGGAGCAUGAAUACACCCAAGAGCAGCUAGACCACAUUUUCGACGGCGACAGAGAGGACGAAUCCUGGGGCCUGACCGAUUGGAUUGUGGACGGGCACAGAGAGAUUGCCGAGUUCGUCCUCCGGUUCAAUCAGAGACCAAAUGCGAGGAUCUGUCUUUCUAGCCGAGAGCUCGGCGUUUUCGAGCAGCAGUUCAGCACACUUUCGAGACUCGAAGUCCACCACUACACGGCCGGGUCAAUCAAGGAUUAUUGUGAAGCGCGCCUUGCAAAGGAGGCGCCCGGCCUUACCGAUCCCUCUCAAUUCGUUUCGUUGAUCACCAAGAAGUCCCGAGGCGUGUUCCUCUGGGUCCGUAUUGUGGUCGAUAUGCUUGUCAAGGGGACCGCAGCCGGCGACAGCUUGCUUGAGCUCUUUGAGGCCUUGGAGAGCCUCCCUCCGCGACUCGGUGGAAGAAACGGCCUCUACAUGCGAAUGAUGCAAAACGUUAAGCAGAGUCAUCUCCCUGAAGCCGAAAGACUCUUUCAACUUGUCAUGCACUAUGUAUUGCAACCCGAGGGAGGGGGGGGCGCAAGAUUGGACAUAAUCACGCUUUUCUUGGCGCAAGAGGGCCAUAUUGAAACAAACGGCGACGGAGGGUUAAGAGCCAUAAAGGAUAAAAUUGUCCCCAAGACCUGGGAGGGCUUGCGCCCGCGUUGGACCGGACUUCAACGACGCCUCAAAAGCCGCUGCGGUGGCCUUCUGGAAGGGGUGGAGGAUGUCCAGUUUAUGCAUCAGACAGCCAAGGAGUUCAUGUCCCGGCCAUACCUGUGGGACCUCAUCUUUCCCAAGCCCAGUGGCUUCCUUUCCGGACCGGACAAGGACCUAGCUCUACUAAGCGGGUUUAUUCGACGCGUCAAAUGCUGUCAGGAGGUCGCCUUGGUGGCUCAGAUGACACGGAGAAACAUAUGGACAAUGUCUGGCUCACACACUCUUGCCAGCAGAUUGCUGUCUAGCUGCCUCCUUGUGGCCUGCAGAAUCGAUCAAAGAGUCGAAGCCUUUGACAAUUACGCCUCGCUUCUAGACGAACUAGAUGCCACAGGCCAGUAUCUCACUGCCGCCCAGGUAAAUGACAUUCCAGCCCAAGCCGGUUCCAAUUGGAUCGGACUGUUCCUUCAAGUUGGCAAACGCAAUCCCACGGGGCGGACCAGUGUAUUGGAAAUCAUGACUUUGCUCGGCCACCAUCGAUACGUCGGUCACAAGAUCCAAGGGAAAGGCCUUCUUCCGACGCAGCUCCAAGGACUGCUUUCGAUUGUUUCACAAUCAUACCGUGCUCGCUGGGAGGGGCUGGGCAUCAUGGUUAAGGGCCCGCCGCGUCCCGAAGUUGUUGAUUUGCUGUUCGCAAUGGGCGCAAACCCGAACUCGAAGCUCGACGAGAGCGACGAUUCAAGCCCCGAGCCCAACCAGAUGGACAGUCUUAAUAAACCCGUUGGGAAUCCCAAGGGGUUCACGGCGUGGACAGCUUUGCUCCAGAACAUACAUCGUGGAGAGUUCUUCGACAUUGAGAAGGUUAUGCCAUCUGUCAUACAACUAUUCCUCGAGAAUGGCGCCGACAGAAUGGCUCAGUUUCACGGAAAAGAUAUGGAGCUCUUUACCGUAGAAGAUGCGAUUAAAAAGUGUAUGAAGAAUGCGAGGCUGUCAGUCGAAAACCUCGACCGGGAUAAGUUCCCGGAUAUCGUGGCUCUACUUGAAAGCAAAGCCGACAAAGCAGGGCGGCCGGUCACACCAUUACUCGAAGAGUGAGAUGCCUCUCUGGCCUAUUCAUGGUCAGGAUGGAGGGAGGUUAGGAUGUGUUGGAGCCUGGUGCCUUCUUGUAUGUACGUUACCUAACAAGGAUAAUGGAGCCAGUGUGGACAUAGCCGUGUUGUGUCAAGCACGUUGUGGGACUGGGACGCGCGCCAUCUUCGAUAAACAAUUUUACAAGCAAUGGAAGUUAGCGUGUCACGCCCGAUAAAGCCCUGUAGCUUCAGACCUCAUCAUACAGUCUGCCAACAUGAGGUGGAG